CUCUCUCCCCUUCUCGUCAGCCUAUUUUAGUCCUCUACCUGUUGGGUGCACGGCUCCGAGUCUAGUUUCGCGUUUUUUCUUGUGACCGUCUUCGCUAACGCUGGAAUUUUUGACAAUCUUGCUGUCAUUUUCGCAGUCCUGGUAUUAAACAUCUAAUUGGUGGGAAAACAAAUCGGAGGGUCCAGAAAAAAAAAACGAAAGAUUUGAAAUGUACUGGACUUCCGACGACUACAGUGAGGAAUCCACUGAUGUAGAGGCAUGGAUUGAUGAUGAGUUCGAAUAUGAUGGGGGUUCAAUACACUACACCAAUGGAGACAAUGACAUCAGAACCUUCUUGGAUAAAUCGGACAGUGAAUAUGUACAGGUUUCUCGAUUGUUUCUUAAGACUGGUUCCACCAAGAAAUUUUCUGUAUCACUUAAACAUAUUGAAAAGGUCUGCAAUCAGGAAUUGCUUGAGAAAUUUGAAAGGAAAAAGCUCGAAUACAAACAAAAAUAUGGCCAUUUCAGAAUUGUUAAAGUUUUUCACGGUUCUAAAAGCAUUAACAUACCAUCCAUACUAAAGAAUAAUCUUCAGGUUCAGCGCCAUGGUCAGAACAGAGGCCACCGAUUUGGAGCUGGUGUUUCAUUUUCAGCUUUUGCAAAUUAUGCCAGUCAUUAUUGUGAUUCACAUUAUAGCAAAUCAGAUUCAUAUGAUCAAAUGCUUCUAUGUUAUGUGAUUAUUUCUAACAUAACAGAAGUGCCUGAGCUGAAGAGAAAAGGUCAGGUUUUAAAGAAACCCCCAUUCAUUGAGGGCAAGCAGUCCUUGAGAUAUGAUACAACAGCAAAGAAUAAACAUUCCAUGGAUGUCAUUGUGAAAUUUGAAGAUCAUACCUUCUACCCAGCAUAUGUUAUACACUUUGUGAAGUCUUUGAAGUCAAAUCUCCUACCAUCUGAUGACAAGAGUGUACCAAGGUCUCAAGAGAGUAUUGCACCUAAGAUGGUUCCCAAACCUACUCUUUAUGUGCCUCCAAAUCACCAGGAGAGCAUUGUGCGUAAGCAGGCUACUAUAUCCACACCAAAUGUGGUCCCAAGACAUCAAGAAAGUGUUGUACCUAAACAGAUUUCUAAACCCACACCUCCUGUGGUUCCAUCAAGACAAAAAAUUGUUGCACCUACACCAGUAUUUAAACCUGUGAACCCAAGACGUCAAGAAAAUGUUGUACCUAAACAGAUUCCUAAACCCACAACUUAUAUGGUUCCAUCAAGACAAGAAAUUGUUGCACCUAUAUCAUUUAAACCUGUGAACCCAAGACGUCAAGAAAAUGUUGUACCGGGACAUAUUUUCAGACCCACAUCUCGUGUGGUUCCAAGACCUAAUCUGUUCAACCAGGAAGAGAGGACUAUUCAGUGGCUGAUGCAGUCACCCUCUUUAGUCACUCCAGUUGUUGCACCCCCUGAAACCCAGACAAAGCAAUCUGGAUUCGCACAUUCAGUUCUCUCAUUCUUCCGAAAACUUUGCUGCUGUGGCUGAUGAAAUGAAACUUGAUGGUCAGCGUUUAUUUGAUACUGGUCUUUUACCAAUUUAUGUCUUAUCUUAUCUUAUCAUCACUGUACUGUAUCACUUACUUAAUUUUACUGCUUGACUUGAUUUUUAUACUAUAAUCGUGAUUGUUUUUGGCAAGUUCAGUACUAUUGUUAAAUAACUAUCUUCAGUCAAUAAAAUAAAUAACUGGGAA